UUCUCGUUUCUACUUGGGAAGGGUUACACUUUCUUUCCUCAUGUAAGCCAAGACUCCAGAGGCCGAGAAGACAAAGGAUCGAAAUCCUGUAGUGUCUUAGCUACUGUUCCAUAUCCUGCAAAUUAGUUUUACUCAUAUCCAGUAUCAUUCAGAAAGUGAGUCAAAUUACUGUGCUCAGAGAUAUUUCCAUUUGGUCACCAACGGUACUAAGAUGUCUAUGGAAAACUUGCUGUUCGACCACUUGAACAACCCAUCUUUUACCACUUGUCUGGCGGCGAUGCGUCCCUCACUUGUGAACUUCUCGAAGAUUCACAGCAAACACAUAUUUAAAAAUCAAGUGGCAAACGCGCACGAAACUUACAUGCCCGCGUUCCUGGAAUGGGGCGAUUCGUACAAGGUCAGCGUCAACGAUCUAUUCGCCACAGAUUUUACAGAUUUUUACGGUACUUACGACGCCACCACCAAUCUCCAUCAGCCGAGGGUUUUCGUCAUUUUCGGAGCAGAAGGUUCGGGAAAAUCUGCUUUGGCCAAUUACCUUCAUUAUCAGUGGAUAUUCCCAGAAGCAAAAGAUGUCAAAAACAUCGAUGAUUUCCACCUAGCGACUGUUUUCGAAGCUGACAAGGCGAAGGAAAUGGAUGAUCUUCCCAAGCUUUCUACAGUGGUUAAUUUGGCAUAUUUCCCUAAGAACAAACACACUGACCAAAUCACGACUAGUCUGGUGGCAUCGAAGAUUCUUUGGCUAGUGGACGGUUUCGAAGGGGCUUCAGAAGAGGUGCAAAGUGUCGUCAAAGAGUUGAUCUUGAAGUUCCCAUCGUCUAAGUUCGUGAUAACGAGCCGUUGGUCGGGGAUAACGGUGAUGAAUGAUUUGUUCUUUGACUUAGAGUAUAAGAUCCCGACGGUCACGAUGAGACUCUUACCGCUCUUUGGCAAUUCUUGGAAGUCAAUGGUCCCGAGGAUGAUUGCCGCCAAGACCCGGAGGUCUGAAAUCAUCGAAGAGGCGAGUUCGCAGUUCAUAGCAAAGUAUGACGAUGAGAUUUCUCUGCAGUGUGAACUGUUUCCUUCCGAUCUUGCCGUGGCGGUUCAGCAAUGGUUGGACGUAGAGUAUGAUUUUCUUAAAGGAGAAAAUUUAGACUAAAAUUUCUAAUUCCUUUUGGAUAUGUUGCAAAUUAUUGUAGAAAUUCUUUAUAAUUUUUAUGACUUAAGUUAGGAUUAAAAAAACAUGUGCUUUUUUUUUGUCAGGCCUUGCAAAAGCUCUGCUAUAAAUGCUUCGUCUUUUAAAUUCGAAUGAAAAUUACACCUAAAUUCGUAUUGACUUUUUACUUCACCAGUUCCUGUAGUUCAAAGAUUAAAAUUUAUGAAAGACGAGCAAAAGCAUUUCAUGCUAUACUUCCAGUUUCACCAACGUGGGUAACCAUGGCAAUAAAAUGAAUUACAUAUUUGUGGCAAAAGGAAAACAAAUGGUAAAAGAAAACUAAUCUGAUGAGCUAAAAUAUGAAUAAAGGUAUGCAAAUUAAACAAA